GGCUGUGGCGUCAUCGGUGCGCGACGCGCUCGGCGCGGAGGUGGAGGCGGUGGGGGGGGUUGCCGUGUGGCGGCGGUGCCGGAGCGCUGCGGGUGACGCCAUGCCGGCCAAGAAGUCCUUCCGCCGGCGGAGGGAGGACUCCGAGGAGGAGGAGGAGGACGAGCAGGUCGCCGAGGAGGUCAGGUUAAAAGUUGAGGAAGCCAAAGAAGUUCAGAGCCUCAGAAAGCGACCCAAUGGGGUGAGCGCUGUAGCUCUGCUUGUGGGAGAGAAGUUGCAAGAAGAAGCAACACUUGUGGAUGACCCAUUUAAGAUAAAAUCUGGGGGAAUGGUGGACAUGAAGAAGCUGAAAGAAAGAGGCAAGGACAGGAUUAAUGAGGAGGAAGACCUAAACUUGGGAACUUCCUUCUCAGCUGAAACCAACAGGAGGGAUGAAGAUGCUGACAUGAUGAAGUACAUUGAGACUGAGCUGAAGAAGAGAAAGGGAAUUGUGGAGAACGAGGAGCAGAAGGUGAAGCUUAAGAAUGCCGAGGACUCUCUGUAUGAGCUGCCAGAGAACAUCCGUGUCUCCUCUGCCAAGAAGACUGAGGAGAUGCUGUCCAACCAGAUGCUGAGUGGCAUUCCUGAAGUGGACCUGGGAAUUGAUGCAAAAAUAAAAAACAUCAUCUCAACUGAAGAGGCCAAGGCCAAGCUGCUGGCAGAGCAGCAGAACAAAAAGAAAGACAGUGAAACUUCCUUUGUUCCCACCAACAUGGCUGUUAACUAUGUCCAGCACAACAGAUUUUAUCAUGAGGAGCUAAAUGCACCAGUGCGAAGGAACAAAGAAGAGCCAAAGCCUCGUCCACUGAGAGUGGGGGAUACAGAGAGGCCAGAACCUGAGCGGUCUCCUCCAAAUCGCAAACGUCCACUCAAUGAAAAAGCAACAGAUGAUUAUCACUAUGAGAAAUUCAAGAAGAUGAAUAGGCGAUACUGAUGAACGUGGACUGAAGUCUUUGCAGUGGUUCUUACUUUCCACUAAUAAAGGAUUUUAUGUCAAUGACCUGAAAUGGAGUUGGGGAGAGUCACUGCCUUCACAUACCAGUGUUACCUACCAAGCUUUUCUUGUGAUCUUGUAGUGAAUCAGUUUGCAGGUGAUUGUGAACUGUUUGGCUGGUAAAAUCUUGUAUAUAAGUUAUUUUCAGUUAUAAAACUUCUUUUAUAAGAACAUGAGCUUUCAUGGUUGGCAUUUUUUAGUGAGAAAACAAACUUGCUUUUACAGAUUCUUUCACCCUCCUAAAAAAGUCGGGGAAAAAAGAGAUCCUUUAAGAGCAGCAGUGCUGUUUGCCUUGGAAAUAUAAAGGGAAGGGGUAAAGCUGGUUUGCUUCAACGCCGCUUUGUAAGAGACUUCUUGUUUGUUCCCAAGGGCCUUUGCUGUGCAGAGCGUGUAAGGCUGAGAUGCUGCAGCAGCGUGUUCCGUGCCGCUGCUCCUCAGCCUGGCUUUCAAGUACUCCAGGAGAAAUCACAGUGUUGGCUGUGCCUGGCGCUGCCUCGCUGGGUCUGUCAUCAGCGCAAGAAAUGACAGCAGAUAGCCAGCGCCAGGGAUUUUAUGUCAUAUGCUGUGUUGGUUUGUGUCUUUUUCCCCCCUGUAAACUUACUUCUGUAGCAGUUCACUGCAUUUUAUUUUAGCCGCGAAGAAGAAAAGCGGCUCAAGUUGUAACUGUUGAAUUGGAGGAAAAUCUCAUUUUCAGCUCUUGGGACAGGGUCAGUGUGGCAGCUGGUGACGAGGGCAGAGGCCCUGCAGCCUGUGUCAGCCACGUCUUCCCAGGAGGUGUGAUGUGUGGGAACUUGAAGGCAAGAUUUGGAACUUUUAAAAUAAUAAAAGUGUUUUUAAGUGAUCGUAAA